GUCCACGUCAAAAGGGGUCAUGCAUGGGGUCAAAUUUCCCGUCUCUGAUGCAGCCGUGAGUGAGGAAGCGGGUCGAAGGCAGAAAACUCCACAAGGAUGGGGAAACGUUAGUCAUGAACCCCGAUGUUAUAUGGCCUCGGCACGCAGCAACAGAUGGCAUUGCGCCAGAACGUUACUGAGUGAGUCGGAAUAAGAUUGGCAAAGGAGCCGAGUUAUAGGAUGAAAGGGAGACUGUGCUGUGGAAAGGCGCAGCUAACCGAGGACUACUCGUGGGACCUCCUCUGGCCCUAAGAGUCCCUGAAUCUGGAGCGACCAGGAUGGACAGUGUCGGUGGCAGCCAAUCAGCGUUAGUGCUGGCCACCCAAUGUGGAAGUCGCUUUUCCUUUUCUCUAUCUCCCUCUGAGGCGGCUGACUUUUCGCACUUUUGAGACCAGGGUAACCGACUCGGGAUCUGUCGUCUCCAUUCCACCGGCGGUGGUUCGUGAGGUAUCCCGGAUGCAAAGUCUUGUAAGAUACUGUGUUCUUCCGUGCUGCUCAAAUAUGGCGCGGGAGUUAAGGCCAAAACGGGUCAUAAGAGAUGGGGAUUUCUCACCAAGGGUCGAUCCUCUUUGCAUCUUGUCUUCCUAUUUGCAAGACUGUUAUUCCAAAUCCAAAAAGCGGCAGGGCAUCUCGCGCGCCGCGGGCGGCGGUAGCGACGCCGCCAACAACGACACCACACAGACCAUCUCCCCCUCAGUCCUGCUCAAGGCCGCGGAGCACCACCUGUCCGAGGGCAACGCCGGGGACGCGCUGAUCCUCGCCAAGACGGCGUACGACCAGCAGUCCGCGUCUGACGACACGGCCGCCGACCCGACCCUGCUGCUGCCCUCGCUCAGCAUGCUGGGCCAGAUCAACCUGGAGCUGGGCGAGCUGGGGGACGCCAAGACGUGCUUUCUCCGGGCGGCCGAGAUCGACCCGCAGGGCAGCGUGCCCGAGGCGCUGGGCGGCGGCGCGGAAAAGUUCCUGUGCCUGGCGCAGCUGAGCGACGAGGGCGGCGCGGACAGCGUGGGGUGGUUCGAGCGGGGCGCGGCGGCGCUCAAGGUGCAGAUCCAGCAGCUCGAGACGGUGACGGCGGCGGGGAAGAAGCAGCAAAGCACAACAUCAGCCGCGGCGGCGGCGAUACGGCGGAGACGGAACGGCGGGGCCGCCGAGGAACAACCGGUAGUCGACGAGGCGGCGCUCGAGCUCGCGCUGCUCAAGAAGAAGCUCGCCAUGGCGCUGUGCGCGGUCGCAGAGGUGUACAUGACGGACCUCUCGUGGGAGGCCGAUGCGGAGCAGCGGUGCGAGAGCCUCGUGACCGAGGCGACCCUCGUGGCGCCCGACUCGGCCGAGUCCUGGCAGACGCUGGCCAGCGUGCGGAUAUCCCAGGACCGGCGCGAGGACGCGCAGGCCGCCCUCACGCGCAGCCUGGACCUGUGGAAGGACCUGGCCCCGGAUGACCUCGCCGUGCCCGACUUCCCCAGCCGGGUGGCGCUCGCGCGGCUGCUGCUCGAGGUCGAGAUGGAGACGGCCGCGAUCGAGGUGCUCGAGCGGCUCGUCGGCGAGGACGACCACAGCGUCGAGGUGUGGUAUCUCGGUGGCUGGGGGCUAUAUAUUCUCGGCGAGAAACAGCGGCAGGAGGCCAUUGCCGCGGGACAGCAGCAGACGAAGCCGAACGGGAAGGAUGUUGUUGUUGCUGCAGGGGCUGCGGCCAAAGAAGAGGAAGACGACUGGCAGUCGUCCUGGAUAUCCAGUCGCGUCUGGCUCAAUCAGUCGCAGCACCUGUACAAGAUGCAGGAGUACGAGGACGAGCGGCUCGGCGCGCACACCAAGGAGCUGCUUGAGGCGAUUGCGCAGGAGCUGGGCGAAGCACCGGAAGGUGAGGAUGAACUGGGUGACGACGACGAAGGGUGGGAAGAUGAUGACGAUGAGGAGGAUGGGAGUGACGAUGAGAUGAAGGGUUGAGUGGCGCACUUGUCCCAAGUCGAUAUGAGCUUUGAGUUGGUUCGGUUGUCGUUGUUGUUUCUGGUGCUUUCUGGCAUUUACACGGCGUUGCGGAAUACCAAAAGAGAGAUGUUCACGUAUAGAAGAAUGUUCGCAUGCUGAUCUGCGUCCAAGACUCUGCGAGCAAACUGUGACUGACCGUUCCAAGGU